AUGCAGAACUCCACUGGAGGGACCUCGGCGCCUCCCCUGCCGCGGCUCGCCGAGCCCCGCCUCGGGAGGCCACGAGACGAGGAUGCCGACCGCGUGGCUCCUCGGCCGAGUCCGUCCUGCCUCGGCCUCCCUCUCCUCCUCCUGAGCACAGCUCCAGCGACGCCGGCACCCGCUCCCCGCGCACCCGCUUCAGACUGUGGCCUCCCUCCGUCGGCACCGCCAGGAUCUCCUCCUGCCGCCGCGCCGAGCCCCGCGCUCCCCUGUGGCGCGACCUGCGAACCCAGCAACCCUGUCUCGGCGAAGCCUUCGUUUUCCAUGGACGUGAAUCCUUCACACCGCGUCGAGCCCUGGAAGCAGAAGGAGAAGCAGAAGCAGCGCGAGACAUUCUCGAGCGUUCGUUAA